AUGGGUAAUAUUAUUGGUGGUGUUGGUAAUAAUAAUUUGGGAUUUGGAUCACUACAACCCUUUGAAGUACCCGAUGCUUUCGGAAUGGUUGAGGAUGGAAUUUAUAGAAGCUCGGUUCCUAAAGCUGAAAAACAAUUUCAAUAUUUAAAAACAUUGAAUUUAAAAACUAUAUUAUUUCUCUCUCAGGAAAUUAUAUUGAAAUCAUUUACAUCGUUUUUAGAGGAGGAGAAAAUUGAUUUAAUAGAAUUAGGAUUAUUGAUUUCUAAUAGAACAUUGAAUGAUCUCAUAAAGGAAGCUCUGGAGAUUUUAAUGGACAAAUCAUAUCAUCCCAUUAUGGUAGUUUGCUCCUCUGGAAUUCAUUUAACAGGAACUCUCAUUGGAUGUCUGAGAAAGUUACAGGACUGGUCACUGACCUCAAUUUUUACUGAAUAUGAAUGUUUUGCUGGAAAUAAUUCUCGCCACAUUGAUCAACAAUUUAUAGAAAUGUUUGAUACAGACCUU